UGUUCAGUUGUUCGGGUUGUUUUUCGUGAUAUUGGAGGUCAGUUUGGUCAGUGUAAACACUAUAAAGCUUGACCGCCCUAUCACUCCCGUCCUGUCAUAAAUCCGGUCCUGGUCUUGCUCGGAGCGGGACUCCAUGUUGUUCCGUCCGACAGCCACGGAGCGAACAAGUGCCCCGGCCGAAAGUCUCACGUUGCAGCUCUGUGUGCGGGAAGUCCAGUGCGAGUGCGAGUGAGUUCACUAGCCGAUAAAAGAUGGCAGACUACAGGGACGACUCCGGGGCCCGGGCCCUACUCGCACUGCAGUCGGCUCCGUGUAGCCCGGUGCGUGUGGCGGUGACCUCUCGCUCCUACCCGCAGUCUUCGCUCUUCCUGGGCCCUCCGCUCGUGGAGGCCCGUGGGGACGCAGGGGUCGUACCGAUGCGCCUGGGCUCUCCUCCGCUGCAGGCCCUGGCUAGGCUCGAAGGCCGGGACUUUGAGUUUGUCAUGCGCCAAAGGACGGUCACCAUCGGCCGGAACUCGUCUCACGGCUCAGUGGACAUCAACAUGGGUCACUCCAGCUUUAUUUCACGGAGACACCUGCAGAUCUUGUACGACGAAGCGAGCGGCUUUACUCUGCGCUGUCUGGGCAAAAACGGCGUGUUUGUGGAUGGGGUGUUCCAGCGCAGAGGGGCUCCCCCGCUGCCGCUGCCCCGAGAGUGCAUGUUUCGGUUUCCCAGCACAGUAAUAAAGAUUCAGUUCAUGUCUCUGCUGGAGCCUGAAGAGCAGAGGGAGCUGGACCCCUCUCCCCCUCCCAGACCCCUUCUGCCUCACAUCUCCCCACUGAAGAUCAGCAUUCCCACGGCGCAGCAGCAUGAGGAGCACCUACGGGUGUUUGGGUCACCCCUGCCCUCGCCCACUGGCACCAUCAGUGUGCCCAAUUCGUGUCCAGCCAGCCCACGAGGAGCUGGGAUGUCGGGCUACCGCUACGGCCGAAAUAUAACCUCCGACCUCCAGCUGGCAGCAGAGUACGCCGCCAAGGCAGUGUCAGAGCAGAGGAGGAGCGGGGCGGAGCCGAGGAGUGGCCUGGGGGACGGGAGAGGCGAGGCAGCGGGAGGAGACAGCCCCAAGGAUGAGUCCAAACCUCCAUAUUCCUAUGCACAGCUGAUCGUUCAGGCCAUUUCUUCAGCUCCAGACAAGCAGUUGACUCUGAGCGGCAUCUACGCCCACAUCACCAAGCAUUACCCCUACUACCGCACUGCAGACAAAGGCUGGCAGAACUCGAUCCGACACAACCUGUCCCUGAACCGCUACUUCCUGAAGGUGGCGCGCUCCCAGGACGAGCCAGGCAAGGGCAGCUUCUGGAGGGUGGACUCUGCGUCGGAAAGCAAACUGGUGGAGCAGGCCUUCAGGAAGAGACGACAGAGGGGCGUAGCCUGCUUCAGAACGCCCUUCGGACCCCUCUCCUCCAGGAGCGCACCUGCAUCCCCGACCCACCAGGGACUACUGUCACCCCCCUCCAGCGGCCUGCAGACUCCCGAGUGUCUGAGCAGAGAGGGCUCCCCGAUCCCCCAGGACCACCACGAGCAGCUGGUUCACAAGCUGUCCUCUGUACCUGAGUACAGGUACUCCCAGAGCGCCCCAGGCUCUCCUGUGAGCAGUGGUCAGCCAGUGAUCAUGGCUGCCCCCUCUCACCCCUCUGCUCUGCACUCUGCUGCCGGGAAAGGCCUGCCCCUGUUCCCUGGUGGAGUCCAGCCCUCCGCCGCCAUGUUAAGGGUGAUCCCCUCCAACGGGUACAGCUCCCCCCCAGGCCUGGACAGCGCCGAGCUUAGAGAGGCCCAGCUGAGCAGAGAGCGUGUGAUACAGACGGUGGACAGGGCGGAGCAGGGGCCUGAUGGACGGAGUGUGGGCCCCGGGCUCCACCACCUCCCUGUGAGGCCGGUCACUCAGAACGGGAGGCACAGCAGCACCGUGGUGGCCUCUUCUGCAGCCAGCCUCAGCAACUCCUCUGUGCUGACCAGCCCUCUGCAGAUGCUGGCGGCCCAGGCCUCCAGCUCCCCCCCUGUGCUGGUGAGCAGAGCGCCCCCUUCUGGAGAUGAGCCGCAGGCCAAGAGAGCCAAGACGGAGGACGGCUACGGGAGCGAGUUGACCCCGCACCACAACGUCACCUCCGCCCAGCAACCGGUCAUCGUCGCCAUGGCGCCACAAAGCCACGAAGCCAGGAAGUGAAGCAGGAAGUGGAGUCCAGGUAGCCAUCGGACAGCAGCAUUACCCCAAACUGCUUUUCUACAUGUGUGAGACUGCAUCCAACAGCGCCUAAGGGAGUUUUAAAGGAUUUUGUUCAGAAAUUGUGAAAGAAAAACACCGCGCAAUAAAAGUCAAUUGUUCAGCUUUACUGUUUUUAUAUGAGACGUGACACGUCAUCAGUCUGUUUAACUGUUCAUGUUUAGGAAGGGACGUUUUCCAGCCAGCUCUCACCCUCUCGCUUUGGUCCACUGUAAAUCUUGUGCUGUGUUCUUUCUGUCUCUGGGAAAAGCAGAAAAACAACUUUGAGCAAAAUCUCUGGUUUUGGCUAGGAAUUUUGUCCAUACAAAAUGUAGCUACAGAAUUUUAUGAAGUAAUAUUAGGGAUACUAUUGCUGGUAAAUAUUUAGCGAUACCGAUACUGGCUUUUAAACUCCAUAUUGAGGCCUACAGAUCUAUCUUAAGUUAAAUAAUGAUCACAAAUAAACUUCUCCCAACAACAAAAUAAAUUUUACUUAGAUUUGACAUAAUUUAAGUAAGUUUAAGUUACAUGCUUGUAUAAACAUACAGCCAUAUAAGUCUCUUCUGUUUCUGUUUUGAGUCUUUAGUCUGUUCAAAAAGGGCACACAGAGAAUAGAACAAUACAUCUGUAUAUAUGUAUCAAGCAUGGAUAUCGGCCGAUACCAGUACCUGAACCCAUAUAUCACCCUUGCCUAUUUUAUAAUAUAUAUAACAAUAACAAUAUAUACAUUCAAUUAUAUGUUUAUUUACUUUAACUGGUUGUUUCCAUGCAAAUGUUAUCACUUAGCCUGCUUCGUUCCACAGUUUGGCCCUAUCUCCAUAUAGACAAAAAUAACACUGUGCACCUUUAAUGACCACCCGAAAAGUUACACCUUUAAUAUUGGUGUUAUUACAUCAUGAAUGGACAAAUUUUCAGUUUUACGUUGGGACCUCAGAGAUUCCGAGACAGAAUGAACACCACUUUUUUUUACAGAUAAUUUAGCAGUCGUCGCUGGUCAAAACCUAGCAACAGCCUGCAUCCCGAGUGGACAUGUUUGUAGUUCUAUAUUCCGUAGAGCUGCCAAGCCACUGUAGGCCUUUACUGUUAUUACUGCUCAGUGAUUUUACUUCAGUUUUUCACAUUAUAAGGGCAGGACUGACAAGGUUAGCUACUAUUUUUAUGUUUUGUCAGAAGAAAUGAAAAUGAAGGGAAUCUGAACCAUAGAUGGACAGUAAAAGGAUAGUGGACCAAAAGUGAAAAUUGAAAAGGGCUUCAUGUUUAGGGUGACCAGACGUCGCUAUGUACCCGGGACAGUCCCAGUUUUGAUCCCUGUGUCCCCUGUCCCAGCAGAUUUAUCCAAAACCAGCAAUUUGUUCCAAGUUUUAUACAAGAAAUGUCCCUUUUUUUUUACCAAUUUGAUCCCUGUCAACAGUAAAGAGAGGCAUAAAUUACAAUCUGUUUUGGUAAAAUACAGAAAAGCUGCUUAAAAACGACCAAAACACAAAGGAAAUGUGACUAAACUGACACGUUAGUCAUGAAUGGUCUCUGCAUAACAAUUAAUUACUUAAUUACUCACUCAUUUCACAAUUUUAUUAUUACUAACCACCAACAAACUUGGAAUGUUCUAGUUUUUUUUUUUUUAAAUUGAAAUUCUGGUCACCCUAUUCAUGUAUGUAUUCACAUUAGCCUGCUAGUUAAUUGCUAGUAGCGUUACAAUUCGGCUAAAAACAGGUUAAUAAAAAUAAUAUUUUGGUAAAUAAUUUAGUCUCACUAGCCCUUUUGGGUCUGUAGCCUAUGUAGCUUAACUUGAAAUGCCACACUGGUCUUUUUGUUUGGCCUAUAAAGUUAAAUAUAAUGUAAAAAAAAAAAAAUGAAUUAAAGCUAGCGAUCAAAUAGAAAGCUAGCUAACCCCUGUUGCUAACCAUGACACUAAAACACAAGAUUAACUUUUUUUUCUCUAUAUUUUUAAAGCAGUGGAUGCAUUGUUAGCCGGAGAUGUUAACCGUGAGAAAUGUAGCUCAGAAAUGUAAGAACGCAUUUGUGAAAUUUAAAAACAAACUAAAAAAAAGCAGCUAUCCCAGCAUUUUAGGCAGCUUUCUUGUAGUUUUUACUUUUUAGAUGCUUUUUUUUUUUUUUUUUUUUUUUUUUUUUUUUUUAGAAACUGAUUUGUUUUUGCGAAGUGAAUUAAUUUCGGAUCACAAUCACGCCACAAAACUAGCUAGCAUACAGAUACCAAUGAGAACAAGACUUAAGCACUUGCAAUGUAUUAUAAUUCUGUAUUUAUUCUUUAAAACGUUUAAGUUAUAAACCACUAAUCAUUAGGACAACAGUCAAGUGGUUGAUGGCAUGCUGUGCUAACUUUCAAAAUGACCAAAAUUUUUUUAAAUGAUGUUAAAAAUGUUAAAUUAACAAAAAGCAGUAUUAUUAAGUAAUUGAAAUGUUUAUAAUUUAACAGAAAAUCAGUCAUCAUUGUGGUAUUUCCCAUGGUCCACUAUUCUUACAUUGUCUGUGUUUGACACUUAAAGGGCCCGUAUAGAUGCAUCAAGAAUUUCGGACUUCCGGUCAUUGCGCAAUGCAUACUGGAAAGGAUUUUCCGAAAGUGGGAUGUGUCUAUUGACAAAAGCAGUCUUUUCUAGUCUUUUGAACCAUAUCGCUUUUGUUUCGGGUUCUGAUAUUGUCAUAUUUUAGUUUUGGGAUUCAGACAUCGUA